GGGGCUUCUUACCAGAGUUAUGCAGUGAUGGGUUUAGUUCUGAAUGGAUGAAGAGUUCCUGAGAGCUAGCGUUUGUAAUUAGAACCGUUACUUGGUAUCUGUGCCUUAUUUGACCUUUGGUUCCACAUGCCUUGGAUGUGCAUGCACCGUGACGGUUUCAUAGGUACGAACGCACACUCAGGCCCAGUCACUUCGGUUGGUAGUACAGAUUGUGAGGAAAAAGAUGGAGGCAUCCUUAAGGAGGAAAAAUGUUUGCCUUUAGUUCCUGCAUUAUCCUGUACAGAGGGGCUCCUGAGUUUUGGAAGCCUGUUCCCAGUACAGGAGAACAACUCCCCUGUUUGCAGCAGGAGACUUCAGUGCACGGUGACAACGCUGGAGUUCAAGAGGAAGCCAGCAAUGCUGCACCAUUGGCUUCAGACACCAUUGUUGUUGUUUGCCAGUUUUAAACUUAACUAGUUGCAGACGAAGACCACCUUGAAAUGCAGGCUUGUUGGGCUUGUUUUGAAUUUUAACCUCGGAUGGAAGAGCCCUAGUGCUGUCUGUCUCCAUGCGGGAUGAUGAUUGCUAGGCAACAGGUGAUUAUCAACAAAGGAUGCCACGGUUAUACUCUGCAAGGUGGUGUUCCAGUGGCAAACAGCUGUAUAAACUCUUGUAAACAGGAACUACUGACAAAAACCUAUAGUCGACUUUGGGAUCUGACUUUAUUAUUCAGCAACUCAAAGAUGAGUUCUAAUUGGCAGACUUCUGGCACUGGCACUUGUCCUCCUGUUUCUAUAGAAACUGGGUUGGAAGUCAGAGCUGCACAAAGGGAAAGGGAAGGAGAGAAAUAUUGUUCAUGUAAUGUGUUACCUUUUUUGUCUGUGUGAUCUACAAGAGCAUGGCUGAAAUGUUACCAAUUUUAACUAGUGUUUUGACUGAAGAUUAUUAUGAAAAGUUUUACUUUUGUUAGAUUCCUAAUUAAAAAUGCCUAUACUCUUUUAUAGGAGUUUCAACUUUUGCAAUUUGGUAAUAACAGAUUUAGGUAAGUAAAAAAUGGGAAUCUCAUACAGUUCUGAAGAUCUAAGUUUGGUUGAGAAUUUAAUGUUUCAUCACCAGUAAAUUCAAUUAAAGACUUUUGAUUCAAUUAAAGACUCAGUUCUGCCUACACCUGCAAGAACUGAGUUGAUCUGUACAUCAACAUUUCUGAUGUUUCUUUGGUAGUUGCUGCUGGAGUCAGAAGUUAGGAACAAAUCUAAUGGCCUUUGUAAUGUCCUCUGUCAUUUCACGGAGGAAUGACUUAGAGGAACAAAGCUUUCCUGUGAUUUCUUUCUUCAACAGAUGGCUAAUGGCACAGCAUUGCAGUUAGAAUCUUGUUUAAGAUACUAGGAGCACGUCCUGGACUAAAAAUUUCUACAUAAGCUUUAGCAACAACCUUAUAGCUUCCUUUGACUUUUUUGUAGAGCUUACAGAAUGUAUGGCUGCCUAAGUAAUAGUCUCUGAAUUAAUGGGUAAAAAAUAUAUUAUGAGUUUUUUAUCCUCACGUAUGGUGCUAGGCUAUACUGGAUUUGGGCUAACAAAAGCUUGUUAACUUUUUUUUGUCUCAUUGACAGAAGUAUUUUAUAUCUCAUAUUUUACAUUACAUAGGUGUGUGUGUGUGUAUGAAAUAAAAGUUUGAAAAUAAAGUGAUAUACUCUUUUUUAAUCUGC